GGUAGUGAUAAUUUCUCAUUUUACCACAGAAUAAGUAGAUUUUCUAACCAAAAAAAAUAUUAUUAAUUUUAAAUCACACAGAAUUUGUUAUCUCUGGUAGAUUGUUUCUACUGUCUACUGUCUACUGUCAAGUCCAUCUGUCAGACCGGCAAAGUACUUGUUUAGUAAAUGCAACCGAGGUUAGAAGCAGUAGGUACUUCUUAACCUUAAUUUAUUAAACUAUUGCUCAUUAACUGAUAUUGCAAUUUGCAAUAUGUUACGGAACAGUCGCAAAGUAUUACUUCAAAAUAGUGUUCGCCCAAUUAUUUAUCAUAAGAAGACGUUUCUUACACAAGAGUACAAAUGUACAGAAGCCUGGAAAAAGAUGAAUUCCUCACCUGUAUUUAAUAAAAUCAACAUAAAUGAUUUCUACAAUGUAGUCGACCAGAAUUAUACUUCGAAAGGUGUCAUAAGUGCAAUUGAUGUUGACAUAUUUGCUAACGCUAUCAAAGAUUCUAGUCAUCUGGAGGAGUUGAAGGACAUGCUUCAUAAACUGCGCUUAUCGGCAGAAACAGGCAACAUGUUAGAAUCAACACGACAAGCUACUGUAAGAAAUUACAUGGAAUUUGGAGAUAUUAAUGAACUAGUGGAAAUAUUAAAAAAUCCUUUGAACUUUGGUGUCUUUCUUGACUACUACAGUGCGAACAUAUUGUUGGACAAUCUAAUUACAACGGCCAACUAUGAACAGGCAGCAAGAGUCGCUGCUUUAAUGAUGUUACAAGAAGAGUAUGAUAAUGACAUCACAUGUACUCUAUGCCAGUAUGCCUGUCUUAAAUACAUCACUAACUAUGUCCCUCCAGAACCUGUUCCUGCACCUCCAGAACAAAAAAAUAAAAAAGUUGAAGAAAUAAAGAUCAGAAUAAAAUUCCUUCGUAACCCAUAUUUUGAUGACCACUUUGAUAUUCAAGAUACAUUUACACUAUCUGGUAAAACAUUGGCAUGGAUCUCUGAGAGGGUAAAAGACAAUUUAAGCAACAACUUACAAAUCAUUGGAUGGCUUAUCUACAGGAAAUUUGAUAAAUUAUCUGCUUUCUGUGAAACUAUAAGUAAAGAAAAGUCAUUUAAAGUGUAUGCUGAAGUCCUGAAGCUAUUACAGAGAGAAACCGGUAUUGUUGAUGCUGAGUCUAAACCAGUAUUAGAAAAUUGUUUUGCAAUCUUAAACAAAGUUCAACAAACCCCUUCAGAUGUGUCAUUAGAAGAAUCACUAAAAAAUGCCAUUGAAAAUGCUAUUAACAAAUCUCAUAAAAAUGAUGUUUCAAAUCAAGAACAGCUCUACUCAUCAUGGUCAAAAAUAAGAGAGGAAAAACUUGCAGAACAAGCCCAAAGACUGGACAGAGCCCGCCGCCUUCAGCUGGUACAAGAGAAACAAAAAGAAUUGGAGACUGAAGAGCAGAAACUAUGGUUCUUUGAAAAUGAAGACAAAAUAGACCUUCAAAUAGAGGAGAAAGAAAAACUUGUUGAUAAGUCCACACUCAAGAAAAAAGUUACUAAAACUACUGAUGAAAAUUAUAUUCCACCUGAGAUUCGCCCAAAGAAGAAAUGAGGUUUACGAAGUGCUAAAUAAAUAGAAAUUAGAAACUUUAAGUUACUUUAAUAUGGUACAGAGUAAAUAAAGACUCAUACAUUUUAAUACACUGUCAUACAUGGAUAAAUAUAAUAAAGAAAUGAGAUAAGCUUAGUUAUAAAGGA